UGGCAGACAGUUUUUACCAUGCAACGAGCAGACGCUUGCGAAAAGUACGAGCUACAAAAUUGGCUGCUGCUGUAUACAUAGCUCGCGUGUGAGUGUAUGUUGCUAACCUAGCUAGUUAGCUAGCCAUCAAUAAAGUUCCCAAUGUUACAACAUGGCAGACGGCUGGAGCACCGACACCGGAGAGGCUGCCUAUCGUUCCCGGGAUGCUGUCAAAAACCUUACAAUUAAGAUCCGUAUUCAGAGAGUCACCUCCACAGCAGCCCUCUCCCAACACCUUCAGCAGCAGGUUUUGACUCAACAGGAGAGGGGAGGCAUUGAGCUGGACACCCUCAACUCAGGCUCAAUCAGGUGUUAACACUGUUUUGAAACAGUAAGAUGAUGUUAGGUGUUUUGAAACAGAAAGAUGUCAGAUGCUUCUUAGUUGAGUAGAUGUCAUUUUCGUGGUGACUAGAUAUGGACCACAACAUCUUGGUUUUGUUUCAGACAGAAAUGAUGAGUAGUUAGUGGUAGGCUGGCAGGAGAAGCUGUUCAGUCAGUGUCCUUAUAACAAAUAAGAAUUUACUGUUUAGGAUAGUUUGAUGUUGCAUAGUAAGGUGUGUGUGUGUGCACAAUAUGAAGUGGGUUUGUUCCAGAGUGAGUCAGUAUGCCAGACUCCGCUGGAGAGACAAUACCACACAGAGAUCAUGGCUCAGGAGCGGACCAGGGGCAGAUGGAACUGCAGGAUUUUCACCUACACCGAUUCUGACUGCUACACCAAUUGGGAAGGGGUGGUUUUCAACAGAAUCUCCAUUUCUGUAACGGUUCUGUAACCAAAGACGCUGGGAGACGGGAAGCAAGUAUAGGGGGAGGAUUUAUUAAUAAAUAGACAUGAAACUAGAGAUGAACAGAGUCUGGACAAGAGAAACAAAACAACAUUGAUGCAGACAUGGGAGUGAAACUGAGGAAAUGACAGAUAUGGUGGAGGUAAUCAAUGACGUGAUGGAGUCCAGGUGAGUCCGAUGAAGCGCUGGUGCGCGUAAAAAUGGUGACAGGUGUGCGUAAUGAUGAGCAGCCUGGCGACCUCGAGCGCCAGAGAGAGGGAGCUGGAGCAGAGCAUUCCCAGAGUAUGGUGACGCAGGUCAAGUCCAAUCCUACCUUACUGGCACAUAGAAUGGCCAAUGUCAGACGCAGACGACAGGACAGACGCCCAGUUGACCGCACCAUCCCCAAGUCCAGGCUGAUUACGUGGGACCCCUCGGAGGACUUUGUGAAGACCAGCCACAUGGUCAACACACCUGUACAGACCAUGCACAUCAUGGGCAACCUGGGACCAGCGGGCAAACUUGGCCAAAAGGAGAAGGAAUGCUCGAUAAGAGCAGAUGGAAAUGGAGUGGUUACCAUCAAACCAGACUUCAACAAAGGCAAGGAGCCCUACAGGCCAGUGACCCGCACAUGCUGAAGUCAAAAUGUUUUACCCCUAGCUCAAGUUGAGACGGAGGGGGAGAAGAGGGAGGUGUGGUGUCAGACCAGAGGAGACGGAACAGCAACAGUGCAUAUAUACACCGUUAUGUACGUCAUAAAGACUACCUCAACAGCUUGGUUGGCCAGGACUGAAAUGAAAGAAAGAUGGAUCGUAAUGAUGAGAGAAUCAAAAGAGCUUUAAGACGCCGUCCUUAUGUGUUGAAACCAGUGAGGGUGAACACCCCUGAUUCUGUGUUGUGGCCAACCGGCAAGGUGCACAGAAGGCCAAAGCCUUCUAAUUCAGUGCAGACCCCUCAGAUCCACAAAAGGCCUCCAAUCAUUGUGAGCUAUGGGCAGGACCAGACUUCUGGGGAUGGAUGGAGCAUCAAUCCAGAGCCUCUCAACCAGUCUGGAAGGGUGACUCGGCUGAUAGAGAGAAAAUAUCAUGACUUGAUCUCAUCCUCCAGUUCUGAUGACUUUUCCAUCUACUCCUUCACUGACUGUGAAUCUGAGUGUGAUGAUGAGGAUCAUGAAAGGAGGACCCCAAAGCUGAAAGUUGAGAAUGGAAAGGUGACAAAGCUUGAUGUGAGGGAUAUGGACGAGGAUGAUCUGUCUCUCCACUCCUUCGAUGAGUCAGACUUCCUGAGCCCAGGGAAGGUCUCAGGUCCUAUAUCUGUCAAGAAUGGCCUCUCUCCUCUUGUAACCUCAGCACACCGGACACUGGCUGAAGCCCUACGGGCCCUGCCCUCUGCUGUAGGCUCUCCCUACCCAGUAAAUGUUCCAAGGCCUCGGACUCCUCUCAACCCUGUCAUUAUCGCUCUGCCCCGAACAGAGAACUUCCCAUACCGCCACAGCCCUCGCCUAGCUCCUAUCACCAACCUGAGCGAGACCGGCAGGAAGCUGCUCCAGGAAAUGGCUGGAGUGGCCCCACAGGUUUCUUGAGUGGCUGCUGCCCAAACUGAGAUGUUCAAAGAAAUAAUGGCCAACUAUUACUUCUACCACACACACACACACACACACACACACACACACACACACACACACACACACACACACACACACACACACACACACACACACACACACACACACACACACACACA